AUGCUCGCAGCUCAGAAACAGCGUGAACCACGUGCCAACGCAAUCGCACAACUCGAUGUCAUUCCAACCGUUGUUCCGGCAGACGGGGCCAAAUCAAUCGGCAUCCACAUCCAUCCCCUGACUGCCUCAAUCCUCCCACAAGCCGUUGGUCAAGUCCUCAUCCAAGCCCUCUUCACCGCCUACAUCACCUUCGGCCGCGAACCUCUAGCCCUCUCCAACUCCUUCCACCACAGCGUCUCGUCUCGAUUGCCGAACUUCAACGUCGAGUUCGAGCUGUCAGCCACGGGUAACCAGACGGCGGAUUUCGUGUUGACAAAUAGUCGGAUUGUGGAGACGCUGUCCCUGCUGGGCUUCGAUUACUCGAAUCAGCAAAACGUGAGCAGUAUGGUGGAAUACAAUUUCGAUGUCGUGAUUGAUGUCUGGAUGCAGCCCGAGGUUGUUAUUGCGAGGGGGUCGGUGAAGAAUUUACCACCAGCUAGUGCUCCUGCGGCUACCAUCACGGCCAAGGUUUAG